GAGGAACUGGGGCUCGCCAGCCACCUCCUUUCCGCAGCCCUGGGAGCACUAAGGCUCCGCGCCAUCCCUUGGCGCUAGCCGUGCAUCUUCAUCCAGAUCCUCUGUGGAGGGGUCAGAGUCUCCACCGUCCCGGACCACAAAGCCUUUCUCCUUCUUGGUCAGAGAAGCCCGCGGGGCGCCCUGGGGAGAUUGGGGCGACUUGCUUCCUUCACCUCCUGAACGGCCCCUUCCUGCACUAUAAAUGCCAGCCGUUACGUUGGGAAAGCCGCCAGACUUCAUCCAUAAAAUCAGUCCCUGCAGGGCGUGGCUGGAGUGCUGUAACAGAGCGGCCCUUAAGAGUUGGCCUUGGCUGCUAGUGACUCCCGUUUUGUGCCUGAAGACAGCGAGGAAGAAGGGAGUGUAGAACAUCCUCGCUAGGAUGCCUUUAAAAACUCAUCCACGGCAGCGGUAGAAACAGUUUUGUUUGGCUUUUUUUUUUUUUAAUAUUGAGUAGUUUUGUUUUGUUUUCAGUGAAAUGCUAUUUUUGUUAAAAGAAGAAAUGGCCCUCCAGGAGCUCACCCGGCGACUGGCCACAGUGAUCACUCAUGUCGAUGAAAUUAUGCAGCAGGAAGUCAGGCCUUUGGUGGCAGUGGACAUAAUAGAACAGCUUCACCGGCAAUUUGCCAUUCUUUCAGGAGGCCGAGGGAAGGAUGGUGCCCCCAUCAUCACUUUUCCAGAGUUUGUGGGGUUUAAACACAUCCCAGAGGAGGACUUCCUGAAUGUCAUGACCUACCUGACUAGCAUCCCCAGUGUGGAGGCUGCCAGCAUUGGAUUCGUCAUUGUGAUUGACAGAAGAAGGGACAAGUGGAGCUCCAUAAAGGCAUCCUUGACACGAAUAGCAGUGGCAUUUCCUGGAAACUUACAGCUCAUAUUCAUCCUUCGUCCAUCUUGCCUUAUCCAGAGAACAUUCACUGACAUUGGCAUUAAAUACUAUCAAGAUGAAUUUAAGAUGAAAGUGCCGAUCAUCAUGUUAAACUCAGUUUCUGACCUUCAUGGCUACAUUGACAAAAGCCAGCUGACACAGGAGUUAGGGGGAACUCUGGAAUACCGCCACAGUCAGUGGAUAAAUCAUCGCACUGCCAUAGAAAACUUUGCCUUGACAUUGAAGAAUACUGCUCAGAUGCUGCAGACAUUUGGGUCCUGCCUGGCCAUGACAGAGCUGCCCAGAGGCAUGCUCUCCACUGAAGACCUUCUCAUGUCCCACACAAGGCAGCAGGACAAACUGCAGGAUGAGCUGAAAUUACUUGGAGAACAAGGGACCACCCUACUAUCAUGCAUCCAAGAACCAACAACCAAAAAUCCCACCAGAAAACUCAAUCACAGUGAACUUGAGAAUAUAGCUACCAUGGAAAGGCUAUUAGUUCAAUUGGAUGAAACAGAAAAAGUCUUUAGUCAGUUUUGGUCUGAGCAUCACCUGAAACUUAACCAAUGCCUACAACUACAGCGCUUUGAGCACAAUUUUUAUAAGGUUAAACUUGCCCUGGAAAAUUUGCUGGAAGAGCUAGCAGAGUUUACGGGCAUUGGAGACAGCGUGAUGCAUGUGGAACAACUUCUUAAGGAACACAAAAAACUGGAGGAAAAGGGCCAGGAGUCCCUGGAGAAGGCCCAGCUGCUUGCACUGGCUGGAGACCAGCUCAUCCAAGACCACCAUUACUCAGUGGACUCCAUUAGGCCCCAGUGUGUGGAGCUCAGGCACCUCUGUGAUGACUUCAUCAAUGAAAACAAGAAAAAACAUGACACUUUGGGAAAGUCCUUGGAGUUGCAUAGACAGCUGGACAAGGUCAGUCAGUGGUGUGAAGCAGGAAUCUACCUCUUGGCUUCCCAAGCUGUAGACAAGUGCCAGUCUCGAGAGGGGGUCGACAUUGCCUUGAAUGACAUUGAAGCAUUCCUGGGCACUGCCAAGGAGUACCGGUUGCUCAACCCCAAGGAGUUUUACAACAAGUUUGAGUUGAUACUCACUGUUGACAUAAAGGCCAAAGCCCAGAAAGUCCUGCAGAAGCUGAGUGAUGUGCAGGAAAUAUUUCACAAGAGGCAAGUGAGUCUGAUGAAAUUGGCAGCCAAACAGACUCGCCCAGUGCAACCUGUGGCCCCCCAUCCUGAGUCCUCCCCAAAGUGGGUGUCACCAAAAACCAACCAGCCCUCCGCCUUGGCUCCUCUUCCAAGAACAUCUGAGGAACCUCACACGGAGACAGAUUUGAACUCCCUGGAAAAGGAAGAUGAUGGAAUUAAAUUCGAAGUCAAGAAUGAAGAAAUAUUUACAAGGAGUCAUGAUGACGGGAACCCUGAGUUGGAGCACCUUGACAGAGAAGACCUUUCCCCUCGAAAACGCAUUGUACGUGACUUGCUUGAGACUGAAGAAGUGUACAUAAAAGAAAUGGAGAGCAUAAUCGAUGGAUACAUCACUCCAAUGGAUUUUAUCUGGUUGAAACAUCUGAUUCCAGAUGCUCUUCAGAAUAACAAGGACUUUCUCUUUGGGAACAUUAAAGAACUUUAUGAAUUUCAUAGCAGGACUUUUCUAAAAGAAUUGGAAAAGUGCACCGAAAACCCUGAACUUCUGGCCUGUUGUUUUCUCAAGAGAAAAGAAGACCUCCAAAUAUAUUUUAAAUACCAUAGGAAUCUUCCCCGAGCAAUGGCCAUCUGGCAAGAGUGUCAAGACUGUGCCUACUUUGGGGUAUGCCAGCGCCAACUGGAUCAUAGUCUCCCUCUUUUUAAGUAUCUUAGAGGACCAAGCCAGAGACUGAUAAAAUACCAGAUGCUGUUGAAGGGUCUGCUGGAUCUUGAAUCUCCUGAAGAUGUGGAAAUAGACCCAGGAGGUCUAGAAAGAGGCUCCACCAAGGAUGGGCCAAAGAGGACCGAGAAUUCCUCAUUCUCAGCUGAGCUUGGACAAGCUUUGGCAGUGAUAGAGGAUUUGAUCAAGUCCUGUGAGUUGGCGGUGGACCUAGCAGCAGUCUCUGGAUGUCCGGAUGAUAUCGGGAAACUGGGCAAGCUGUUGAUGCAUGGCCCUUUCAAUGUCUGGACAAUUCACAAGGAUCGUUAUAAAAUGAAGGAUUUUAUUAGAUUUAAACCCAGCCAGAGGCAAAUCUAUCUAUUCGAAAGAGGAAUAGUGUUCUGUAAGAUUCGAAUGGAGCCUGGUGACCAGGGGCCAUCUCCUCAUUACAGCUUUAAGAAGUGGAUGAAGUUGGUGACACUUUCAAUUCGCCCACUUGGAAGGGGGAGCCAUAAAAAGUUUGAAAUUGCCAACCGAAAUGGACUUGAGAAAUACAUCCUGCAGGCAACCUCAAAAGAAAUCAGAGAUUGUUGGUUUUCAGAAAUAAGUAAAUUAUUGAUGGAACAACAAAACAAUAUUAAAGGCCAAGGGAAUCUACAGUUUGAAGCAACCACUGGCAAAGGCAAUGGAGUGGAAUGUGUUCCUGGGACUGAAAACACAGAUAGAGCUACAACUAGCAAGGAAGAGCCAGUCUCCAGCACUCAUGGAAUGAAAGGUUUCAUCUGAAAGCCCUUCCUCAAUAACACACUUGCACAAUCUGCUUCCUGACCUAAGACAGUACAAGAGAAAUCCAAGAAACAAUGGGACUCUGGUAUUGGGUCACCUGCUGGCAAUUAGUAGUAAGGACCCCAUCAGUGGUGUUAACAGAGUAUUGAGAGUCCUGAUCCCUGAACUGCUGUGGUUCAAUUGCCUGGACCUUCACCUGUGGUGAGCUGGGAUCAGAUAUAGGUGGGCAGUGACACGCCAGCUGGUGCUAGGUCUUUGGAGAGGAUGGUAGAAUUAGGAGUCUGCUGCUAAGUAACACUGAGGCACUGAAGAUAAAGGGACAGACCCACAUUAGUCACCAAUUUAAAGCCCAUUGUGAGAAUCAGAGGGCCUCCUUGCCAAUGUUCAGCUCCUCAUCUCCAGCCAGACUGAGCUGAAGAGCCAAUGGCAGAAUUUAAGAAAAGGAUACAUUUUCAGGCAAGGCAAAUCUGUCACUUGGUCAUUUUGGGAUCCUAGCCAGUAGAUGAGGAGACAAAGUCAGGUCAUGAUACGUAAAAAGGACCCUAAGCAUUGAAAUGAGAAUUCUAGGUCCAUACCCUUUAUCCCCUGGAUAAAGCGAUGACCUACUCCCCCUUAUUAAGAGAGAGACCCUCUCCUAUCCCCCCAGGACUGUACAGAACCUGCAGAUGAAGCAUGUAAGACAAUGUUUGCUCUUCCUCAUGUUCUCCGUAUCUCCCUUCCAAACCCUUUCCAGAAUAGAGACUAGGAUGGGCAUUACAACAUGACCUGACCUGGGGUAGAAGCACAUGGACCUAUGGUCAUGAGCUCCAAAGGCAAAGAUCUUUGAAUUAUGCUUUAGUGCCCAUCUAAGAAGAUCCAUUAUAGAAAAGGUACCAAAAGACCAAUCCAACUGGACAAUUUGGACAGUAGAUGUCAGCGAGCUUCCUUCAUGGCACCCUAGAGCCUAAACCAUGGGCUCCUAAUACAGAAAUCUUGGUAGCAGAACUGGAGGUUGUGCAUGGGCCCUGCAGUGUGGGCUCCCUGUCAUCAGCACUGCUCUGGGAUGUGAGGACCAUCUGGCUACAAUGUGGGUCCCUGGUUCCCAUGGGUACAUGGUUCACCAGGAUUGAUCAGGCUGAUCUUGCUUGCCAGGUGGGUGUCUCCUUACUCCUUCACCACUCCACAUGUGUCCCUUAUAUAUUCAGUUGACAAAGAUGACCUGCUCUCAUAGAGGAGAGAUGUUCUUUAGUCAGAGUUACAGGGGUAACGGUGCUUCCCUGCUAGAACAUAUAAUUUGUAGGAUAAUAAAAUAGUCAAACUUCCAAGACUCUGACUCCAGACUCAUCCAAAUGAGGGUCUGUAUAAGCAAGGCUGCUUUUCUUUAUUAAAAAAAAAAGUCCUAACUAGCUGCCAGCCUGUUAAAUGUCCAACCUGCUAGAGAGAUCCAUGCUGAGCCCUCAGUAUGGUACUAUUAAGAGAAGUCGAUUUCUUCAGCCCCCACCAGGCUCAGGGGCACAGUGUGUAAUAUUGCUUUCAUCAAGGGAUUAAACAUGGACAUAUGACCACUGAAAUAUGGUCCCACCACCCCAUUCAGAAGUGAUUGGCCUGAUAGAGGAGUGGAACAGCCUUUUAAAGGCAAGGCAGAGCUGCAAUUUUGGACAUGGCACUGUGGAUAGGGAGUGCCAUCCUUCUGGAUGCAGUAUGUGCCUUGAACUGGUGGCUACAUUAUAGGGCUUAGCCCCAGUAGGCAGAAUAUAUGAAUCCAAGAGCAAAGAUAUCAUGCUUGCUCAUUAUCACUCCUAGUGACCCACAUGAGGGAUUUGUUCCCACUUAUCCCUGCAAUUUUAGCCUCAAUGAGUCUAGAGGUCUUGGAUCCUAAGGGAACACUUCCACUAGGGAACAUGGUAAAAGUCCUACUUAGCUUAAAGCUACAUCUGCCACCUGCUGCUGCAGUUGGUCAUUAGUUUGGAUUUUGCCUUCAAUUCAUCACCUUCCUCCUACUCAUGCUAGACACCCUGACCCCUGCUGCCCAUCAGGCACUUCUACUGAUGGCAUCCAGUCCGAGACUCAUCCCUGGCUAUAGUUCUUUUGCUCACCAAUGCAGUGACAGUGGGCAUGGGAGCACUGAGAGAUGUCCCAAUGAUCACCUCUCUGCCUCUCCCAGACAGCAGUCUUACUCCUCCCCAUGGUCAGGAUCAAUCCUCCCUCUGGUGUGACAGCUACUUUCUUUGCCUGCCAGCCUACUGGCAUGAGGACAAAGUGAUAGGGCUCUCAUGCUACUAGGGGAAGAGUCUGGGUGGGGCAAGGAAGAAAGGUGGAAUUCACCUAAGGACUGACGCAGUUCAGUAGUGGGACAGUCACAGAACAAGCGGGUGUGCUAUUUCUGAUGCCAGUAGUUGAACAGCCUCUUUUUGGCCCCUGACUAUACAAAUUAAGGAGUUAAAUGAAAAUUUGAACUCUGAAUUCACUGUUGUCCUGGAUUUGCAGAGCCCUGGCCAUAUGAAAAAUCAUAAACUGAGAAUAAGCUUUUUGCCUCAUAGGCAACCGAGGAAGAGCCUCUGGACAGACCCCAGAGAGCUACAGGCCCCUCCUCAGGCUUCUCUUUAGGCACCCCCCCACACCCCCGUCAGAUGCCCAGGGUUUCGAAGGUGGCAAAUGGGUUAUCUAGUAUAGUACAUAGGGGUUGUUUCUUUGCUAACUUUUGUGACAUUUCCUUUUUUGGCCUAAAUAAAUUAUUUGCUUUCAUCAUUAUUAUUAUGAUUCAAAAUUAUUUCAUGCCCUCUUGUAAAUUGAUGAAUAAAGUAAGUUCUAGCAAACA